AUGGCGUCUACACAAAAGCUCUUCGCCGUGGUCGUAGGAGCGGGGCCCGGCACAGGCCGCGCUGCCGCAUUGAGAUUCGCAAAGGCGUAUCCCGUGGUCCUGCUCGCCCGAACCCCCGGUAGCUACCAGGACACGGUCAAGGAGAUCAACGACGCCGGGGGCAAGGCCGUCGGCAUCAGCACCGACGCGAGCGACAUCAAGGCUCUGGAGUCUGCCUUUGAGUCUAUCGGCAAGGAGCUGCCGGGCCACAAGCUCGCCGCCGCUAUCUACAACGCAUCUGCCAGGCUGGCACCGAAACCAUUCCUCGAGAUUAAGCCGGAGGAGUUUGACGCCAGUAUUGAUGCGAACAUCCGAGGCUUCUUCAACUUCGCUCAGAAGGCACUCCCGCUCCUCGAGGACGCCGUCAGUUCGUCGCCUCACCCGCCCUCGCUGAUCGUCACGGGCGCGACGGCCUCCGUCAAGGCUUCGGCCAGGUUCGCCGCCUUUGCGUCGACGAAGUGGGCAAAGCGCGCCUUGACACAGUCGCUGGCGCGCGAGUACGGCCCCAAGGGCGUACACGUCGCGCAUGCGGUCAUUGACGGCGUGAUCGAUAUCCCGAAGACUGCGGGCUAUAGCGUUAACGGUGGUGGGGAGGACAGCAAGAUCAGUCCUGACUCGAUCGCCGAGACGUACUGGAACUUGCACACGCAGCACAGAUCGGGAUUCACCUGGGAAGUCGAUAUCCGACCCUUCAUCGAGAAGUGGUGA